AUGGUGCUUCGGAAAGACGAACUCGAAAUACAGCUCAAAAACGAGAAAGAAUUGAUCAAAAAUGGCGUCCUGAGAGAGGACAACCCCUUGGACCAAUCGGUCGAGUUCGAGGCCUUCUUGCUGGCCUGCAGAAGGGGUGACUUGAAAACGUGUCAAGAACUCAUCUCGGCGGGCGUGAACAUCAACGGCAAGGACCGCUUCGACUACACCCCUCUGAUUAUUGCAAGCCUCUGUGGUCACUUGGAGCUCGUAAAGCUGCUCCUGGAUUCGGGCGAGUACCACCCCAUGCUUCAAUACGAGCGAGAGCGGUGCAUAUACAACGCCCUCAAUGACAAGAUACGGAAUCUUCUCCUAGAGUACGACUACUCCAAAUCCACGGACCCCUUGCAACCCUGGGCGGGACACAUCACCAGCCUCCUCACAAAGCACGUCCCCAAGACGACCGACAUUAGCAUGAUCGCGGCAGCGCAGUCCUUUGACCUGCACAAGUUCCUGCUGGCCGCACGGACGCCCUACUUUCGGAAGAAGUUGGCCGACGCCCCCGACACCACGACCUGGAGGCUGCCGCCCACCCUCCCGCUCGAGUCCUUCCAGGUCGCCCUGCGCUACCUCUACCUCGGCGAGGUCCCGAGGGACGUGCUCAACGCCCAGAGCACCGUGACAGAGGAGGAGGUCCUCACCGGCAUCGACAAGCUGAGCAAGCACCUCGAGAUCGACCAGCUCUGGGAGGCCAUCCUCGCCGGCAACGACCGCCGGCUCGCGCGCCAGCGGUACGAGGACGAGGUGAAGCGCGCGCAGGGCCAGGUCGAGCGGUUCUACCGCGAAAAGGUCCUGGGUCACAAGAUGGUCGUCGAGACGAAGCGGUUAGCCGACGUCAAGUGGCGGCACGACAACUCCAUCUUCGCCGACUGCCUCCUAUGCGCGCACGAGCCCGAGGGCGACGAGACGGACGACGACGCGGACGACGCGGACGACGUCGUCCACCUCAACGGCAUCCCCCUCGGCCCCGCCGCCAACGGCGACAAGCCGAAGCGGAGGCCCAGGAAGUCGGUGGUGUACCCCGUGCACAAGGCGAUGCUAAUCCGUAGCCCGUACUUCGAGACCAUGUUCUCCAGCGAGUUCAAGGAGGCGCAGGACUCGGAGCACCUCCACGUCGUCAGCUUGGACUGCGCGCCGGACGUCCUCGAGAUCGUCCUCACCUUCCUCUACACCGAAAAGGUCGACUGCCCGCUGGACCUCGCCCUGGACCUGCUGUACACGGCCGACAUCCUCUUCCUCGACAAGCUCAAGACCAAGGCGGCGCAAGCCAUCAGCACCCUGGGCAGCGGUAACGCCAACGUGUGGGCGGACCGCACCCACGCCCCGGCAGACAAGGAGGGGGCAGGCCAGCCAGAGAUGGAGCCCGUCAACAUCUACGACGUGAUCCACGCCGCCUGGGAUCUGAGGGUGCAGCGUCUCGAGGAAUUCGCCGCGCGGUACCUCGCCGACCGGCUGGAGGACUACAUCGACGAGCCCGAGUUCGCCGAGCUCAUCAAGGAGAGCGCCGAGAGGAUCAGGGACCGCCAGGAGACGGACACGAUCGAGCUGCUGGACGACAUCCGGUACUAUCUGGGCGAGCGCUUCCGCCUGCGCUUCGAGGACGCCAACCUGGACGAGAUGAUGGACGAGGAGGGCGAGAUCGACGCCGCCGUUGCCGAGACUCUCGCCGCGCAGAGCGAGCGGCAGGUGGACGAAAAGGGCGAACCCGUUGCUGCUGCUGCCAACCCUCGGGAAGAGGCACCCGCCGUACCUUCUGCGGAGGACGGUGGGCAGGGUGACGGGGGCGUCAAGACGCUGGGCGGGGAGGUGGCCGAGGAUGAGUUCGCGUCGGACGCGAUCAACUACCAGAUCCUGCUCGGAAAGAUCGACACGGUGCUGGACCGCUUGAAACUGGACGCGUAG